UAACUGUUGGUCAUCUUGCAUCGGAGAACUUCUCUGGCGUGCUCUACUGCAGUGGACAUAAGAUGAGUAAUUUUCUUCAGUAAAAUACUUUUUAAGUCGCUGAAGGCCUUAAUUAUUUACAAGAAUGCAGUUAGUAAACUGAAUCUUGAACCUUCAUGGAAAACCAAUCCGUUUGAAAAUCGUUAACAAAUGUAACAAUUUUUUUUUUUUUAAGUACACUUUUCAUUGACAAUAAUAUUUUACAGCGCGAACGUCUCCGACGCAAAAUGGCCGACAAGUGACAAUGUUUUAAUAUACAGUAUAGUAUUUAUGGCCGCAUGCAUCGAAAGAUGUCACGGCAUAAUCGGAUGUGACGUAUUCUAUGCCUUAGCAUAUGGCGCUGCCGCAAAAGCGCUAGCAAUUAAUGGGAAAAUGGUUGCACAAACGGAUAAACAACAAAGCCACAGGCCGGGCGUUUACAAGCAGAAAAACAAAGGACACAAACAUGGCAGGCAUCGAACAAAAGGUGAAAUCGAAAGGGAGAACAAAGGGAGGGUGUCCGUGAUCGCCCUCAGCAAAAAACAGAGAAAAGAGCAACGGAAGAUGGACAGGAAGAACAAAGCCAAUCAGAUUCGCAAGAAUAAGAGAGACAUGAUUUUAUCGGAGAAACGCCGUUUGGGCAGCCGGGAUGGCCCUCCUAUUCUGGUUGCUGUUGUGUCACUUCAUGCAUCUGUGGAUGCUGGCUCUGUAACUAAAUUGCUACGCCAAGAGGGAGCAGGGGGUGUUGUACACCAGGAGCAGGCUGUCAGUGGCGCCAGUGACAGUUUCGGGCUAGUCGUGCCUCGUUUUAAACAAAGAUUCACCUUUCUUAGGAUCAACACAGAUGACAUGCAUUCACUGCUUGAUGUUGUAAAGAUGGCAGAUAGCCUUGUGUUUGUGUUGGAUUCAUCUGAAGGCUGGGACAACUACGGGGAUUACUGUCUCUCCUGUCUAUUUGCCCAGGGCCUCCCCAGCUACGCUCUUGUGUGUCAGGGUGUAUCUGACCUCCCCACAAAGAAGAAGGUAGAGUCUCGCAGGCUGUUGUCCAAAAUCACGGAACUCCGCUUCCCAGAGGCCCGUCUUUUCCCACUUGACACAGAGCAGGAUGUCACACUUAUGCUCAGACAUUUGGGCAUGCAGAGGCACCGAAAGCUGGGUUUCCGGUCUCGGCGCUCCCAUCUAAUUGCCCAAUGUGUCGCUUAUACACCCAAUACCUCCUCUGCCCAAUGCUCCACUGGCCUUGGCACUCUCCAUGUCUCUGGGUAUGUUCGCGGACGUCCUCUCAGAGUGGACAGGCUGGUGCACAUCAGUGGACAUGGAGACUUUCAGCUAAGUCAGAUUGACGCGCCACUGGACCCGCUUCCUUUAAUCACAACUGCACCAAGGCAAUCAAAGCCUGGCAAGGGAGGAGAUGUUGAUAUGCAGGAUAAUGAGGAAACCGAGGCUCCCGUUCGAGUGCUCAUGAAAGCUGACCCCACUUGUAGGGAGAGCCUACAGUCGGAGGCUGAGGUGGACCCAAUGGAUGGAGAGCAAACGUGGCCCACAGAAUCGGAGCUGUUGGAAGCAGAAGAAGCCAAAAAGAACAAACGGGUGAUGAAAGUCCCAAAAGGAACAUCCGACUACCAGGCGGCGUGGAUUGUUGACGAUGAUGAGGAAAACUGUGAUCUUGAUGAAGAAAGUAGCGAAGACGAUGAAUAUGAUGACGACAUGAUGGAUGAGACCCUUGAUGGGAAUGACAAUGACUCACAGGAUGCAGGUUCGGACCUUGCCUCAGAAACUGAGGAGGAGCAGCAGGAGGAGGAGGAAGAAGUAUGCUCCACUGAGCGAGCCGGGGCCGACCAGCGUUACGAUGAAGACAUGGAUGAGACUGCGGAAGAGGAAGAUCUGAAGCGUUACCGCGAGGCACGAGCAAAUGACAUGUUCCCCGAUGAGGUGGACACGCCCCUCGACGUGGAUGCCAGAAUCAGGUUCCAGCGCUACAGGGGCCUUAAAAGUUUUCGCUCGUCUCCCUGGGAUCCCAUGGAGAAUUUGCCUCACAACUAUUCUCGCAUCUUCCAGUUCCAGAACUUUGAGCGUACCCGCCGCCGCAUCUUGACUGAAGCUGCUCAAGAGGAGGAGGGUGCCAUGGUGGGCUGGUACGUCACGCUGCACGUCAUUGAUGUGCCGCCCUCCGUGAUGGAAAGCGUGCAGGCAGGGAAGCCACUGGUGCUAGUGUCUCUUCUACCGCAUGAACAGAAGAUGUCAGUGAUGCACCUUUCAGUAAGGAGGCACCCCAGCAACUCUGAGCCCAUAAAGUCCAAAGAGGAGCUGGUGUUCCACUGCGGUUUUCGGCGAUUCAGGGCCUCGCCCAUCUUUUCCCAGCACACCUCGGGGGAUAAACACAAGAUGGAGCGCUUUCUCAGGCCAGAUGCCGCUACUGUGGUGUCAGUGUAUGCUCCCAUUACCUUCCCCCCGACAGGAGUCCUGCUUUUCAAACAGAGAGAUGAUGGUGUCCAGGACCUUGUGGCCACAGGCAGCCUGCUCAGUUGUGAUCCUCAACGCGUUAUGCUCAAGAGGAUCGUGCUUAGCGGACACCCAUUCAAAAUUAACCGAAGGUCUGCCGUUGUCCGUUACAUGUUUUUCAACAGAGAUGACAUCAUGUGGUUCAAACCUGUGGAGCUUCGCACUAAAUGGGGACGGAGGGGCCACAUCAAAGAGACUUUAGGAACUCAUGGUCAUAUGAAGUGCGUGUUUGAUAGCCAGCUGCGCUCUCAAGACACAGUCCUGAUGAACUUGUACAAGCGGGUCUAUCCUCGUUGGACGUUUGACCCCUAUGUCCCCUUGCCUUUGCCCUGGUUUAAACGAGAGUCGACAGUGGACGUGAAUGACUUGGACAUGGAGUAGCAUGACACAGUGUGGAUUUCAGAACAAAUAUAUCAUUGGUAUUGAAUAAAAUUAUCAAGAUCCCAUGCAUUUUGUUACAUAUGAUUGGGAAACAUGAUUUGGGAAGCAGGCGGCACGGUGGCAGAGUGAACGUCCAGCUCACAGUUCUGAGAUCAAGGGUUCAAUCUCGGGCUUCAACCUUCCUGUGUGGAGUUUGCAUGUUCUCCCCCACACCUGCGUGGGUUUUCUCCAAGCAUGCAUUGUAGGCUGAUUGAACAUUCUAAAUCAGGGGUCUGCAAACCAGUCCUCAAGGGCCGCUGUGGGUCCUGGUUUUUGUUCCAACCGAUCAAGCACCGACAGUUUAACCAAAGAUGUUUUUGCUAAAACAAGCAGCACCUGACUGCAAUCAACUGAUUACACUUGUAAGACACCAGAUUGGUGAAAAGGUGUUGUUUUGUUGGAAUGAAAUCCUAUGUGGAAUAGUUUGGCGACCACUGCUCUAAAUUGUCCCUAGGUAUGUGUGUGUGUGUGUGUGUGUGUGUGUGUGCGAAUGGUUGUGCCCUGCGAUUGGCUGGCAACCGAUUCAGGAUGUACCCAGCCUACUGCCAACAGUUAGCUGGGAUUGGCUCCGGCACUCCUGUGACCCUCGUGUGGAUAAGUUGCUCGGAAAAUGAAUAAAAUGAUUGGGAAAUUUACAGUG